AUGGGGGUACGGUUAAGUAAGCAAGUUCAGCCUUAUAGUUUGGGCAAGUCAGCCUUGGCUCAACAACAGGUAAAGGAGCUGGAGCUUGGGCGUCAGCAAUUCUGUCUUCAUCACGUGUUGCACUUUCACCACACGAUUUUCCAUGGUCUAAGUAACUGCCUUUCUCAACUCAACUUGCUACACAAACUAGAGCCACAAUACAGGUACGUCAACAGUGACAAGAGGUCAGACGUCUUCGUUUUUGACCCAGAUGUAGGUGCUGACAUCGAAUUAGAUGUGUCGUUGGCUCAUCCAUGGUGUUUGGACUCAGUGACAGCAGCCUCCAGAGAAGAAGGAGUAGCAGCAAUGAAACGGGUGGAGAAGAAAGAGGAAGGACAAACACCAUUACAAGCUGCAGAAGAACGGUUGCCAAGAGAUUUUGGUUCAUGCAAAGAAAAUCGUUCUCGUAUUAUUUCUUAUUUGAAAGAAUUGGAUGAGAAUGUAUUAGCUGAUUGUCACACAAGUUCUGUUGCAGCUGGAAAUUCAGCAUCAAACAGCACAGAUAGUACAACUGCAGUUGCUGACAACGAUCAUCCAAGUUGUACAAGCUCCACAGCAGUAGCAGCUUCUGGUCAUUCCUCCACACCAGUGACGGGAAGAAUGAGGACCACUGCACCCAUACUACGAUUUCCAACAGAAGCGGUGAGAACGGUAGAUCAGCAGUUGGUACAACAGCAGAUUCAACAGAUAGAGCAACUGACACAAGACGGUUUAGCAAGAGAUAGGCAAAUUGAUGAUUUGAGACGACAAAAUGGUGAUUUGAGACAGCAAAUCACACAUCUACAGAUGGCACUGAGAGACGAACAACUGCUGAAAGAAGAUGCGGUUGGUGAAGAGAGAAGGGAGAAGGAAGAUCUACGACGACGAUUACAACGAGAGCGAGAAGACAAACGCAACGUUCAGAAGGAUCUUGAUGAAGCUCGGCAACAAAUUGAGCAAAUGAGCGUCAAGCAGGAAAAUCUUAUGCGAUUACUAAAUGAAGAGCAAAUAGAAAAGGCUAACAUUGCAGAACUGCUUUCAGAUGCCGAUGCUGCAAUUGAACGAUACAAGCAAGAACGAGAAAACCAAGUUUUCAAUAUUCCCUCACAUGACAUUCAAUUGACUGGCACAGAACUAGGACGUGGAUCCUAUGGAGCUGUUUCUAUUGGAUAUUGGUGUGGCUGUCCUGUUGCUGUCAAGCGUUUGUAUGAUGAGUUCUCUGGUUAUGAACGAUACAUUCAACUUGUGAAACAAGAAGCGUCUGUAGCAUGGAAGAUACAUCAUCCCAACAUUGCUGCUGUUUGUGGUGUCACUCUGGAGAAAGAAGUCAAGAAGGCGUGGAUUAUCAUGGAAUUACAUAGCGGCUCCAUUUCUAGUGUGAUCGAUGCAUGCCAAGAAGAUGCUGCACCUCUCACUGUACGAGAAAAAGUUGACAUGGCACAUGAUUCUUUGUGUGGAUUGGAUCACAUUCACUCGAUGCAACCCAUGGAGAUUCUCCACGGUGACAUCUGUCCAAGGAACAUCCUGGUAACUGCAACGAUGAGAGCCAAACUGGGUGAUCUAGGAGCCGCUCGUUUUCAAGAUGCUUCACUUUCAGUCGGCCUUCUCAGUCCAGAAUACACAGCACCGGAGAGAUUUGAUGCUCCAGGUCUACCAAAAAGCAAGGAGACGGAUAUGUACAGUAUGGCUGUGACCUUAUGUGAGCUGUUCACUGCUGUUACUCCAGACCGUCGAAAAAGAAUGGAUCAAGUCUUACUCAUCCGUCAGCUGAACGUCCGUUCCUUAUGUAAACACUUGAUGAGAGAUAAUCCUGCCACACGACCAACAGCAGCCGAAGCUCGCAAUAUCAUUAGUAGUAUUCGUGGGAAAGACGAGUAUAAAGCGUGUCCUCCUAAACGAAUGGUAAAGGGCAAGAUGGAUGGAGUGGCCGAUGUCACUCUUGUUCAGCCCAUUUGGUGA